UUGAACGACCGCUAAAAUUAAUCAAUUAGAAGAACGGAAUUAAAAAAAAACAGAGAUUUUGCAUAUUUAUUCAACAGCACAAAGAUGCAGCCCAAGUGCCCAACCAUGUGCCAUGUGAGCUCCGACAACAGGAAUAUAUAAUAAAUAAGCGAGGUAAAGUUGCCAAGGACAUAUAGAAGCUGGUCUGAACUUUCGCGCGGCUCCAAUUGGAAACACAUUUUAGGGUUUCAGAGCUGCAGAGAGAGCACUAAUAACAGCGAGCAGGAAUGGGGAAAGAAGAGCAGUUUGAGGUUCUAAAACUCAAGACGCAUGUGUUGAAGGUGAACAUUCACUGUGACGGAUGUAAGAUCAAAGUCAAGAAGCUUCUCCACAGAAUCCAGGGAGUGUUCUCGGUGGAAGUAGAUGUGGAGAAGCAGAAGGUGACUGUGCAGGCAAACGUGGACUCGUUGACUCUGAUCAAGAAGCUGACGAUAGCAGGGAAGCACGCAGAGGCGUGGCCUGAUGAUAAACCCAGCAACCAGGCCAAGAACAACAGCAAUAACAAGCAACAAAAGCCCGGCGGCGGCAAGAAGAGCAAGGAGCAGCAGGGAAAGCAACAGCAGCAGCAGAACAAAGUCCAGCACAAGCCGCUCCCUUCCUACAGCUCUGAUGACGAAGAAGACUCGGAUGAUGAAAAAGAAGACAACAUGCGCAUGCUCGACAAAAUCCUGAAGCAGGGGAGCAACAACCAUACUGCAAAGAAGGGGGGAAAUGGAGACGCCAACAAUAAUGCAACCAUGGCAGCUUUUCAAAGAAUGAUGAAUGGCAAUGCUAAUGUCAAUGGCAAUGUCGCAGGCAGCGGCUUCGGGCUGCAGAGCCAGGUGCCGAUGCCAGUGAACUACCAUGGUCAAGCUCAUCACCUUCCGGCAAUGGCGAGGAGCCACAACAUGCAGCAGCAGCAGCCUCAGAUGAUGUAUCUGAGGUCACCUCAGGUGGCUCCCUACACUGGCUACUACCCCAGUCCCUAUUACUACCAAAGCAACCAGCCUUACAAUGACUAUGUAACUCACUUGUUCAGUGAUGAGAACACCAGAGGCUGUGUCAUCAUGUAGUAGAAGAAGCAUAUUUACUAGAGAGUUGAGUGAUAUCAUAACUGAUGAUGAAAUCAGAAUUUGGCAGUGUGGAUGUGUAGCAUGAGAAGCUAAUUAUUGAGCAUUUUGUGUGGUUUUAGAAGUUCGAUAAGAGAAAUAAAUGAAUGCAGCCCUAAUGGCGAGCAUCCCA